AUGACCGUCUCCAAUGGCAAUGCCAAUGGCCGGCCGUCCGCUCGGAGGCCUCUUCCCUGUGGCAUAUACGCCCCCACCAUGACUUUCUUCGACUCGGAGACCGAGGACCUCGACAUCCCCACCAUCAAAAAGCACGCCGAACGCCUUGUCAGGGACGGCCUAGUAGGCCUCGUUACGAUGGGUUCCAACGGAGAGGCAAUCCACUGCACCCGGGAAGAGAAGGUGGCGGUGACCAGGGCGACCAGGGAAGCAUUAGACGCGGCCGGCUUCACCGAGACACCCAUCAUCAUCGGGGCCACCGAGGGCAGCGUGCGUGGGACCAUCGAGCUGUGUAAGCUCGGUGAGAGCGCAGGCGCUGACUACGCGCUGCUACUGCCGCCGUCCUACUUCCGCUUUCUGAUGGACGAACAGGCCAUCCACGACUACUUUGUCGCCGUGGCCGACGAGAGCCCGCUUCCUUUGAUCUUGUACAACUACCCGGGUGCCGUGGCCGGCAUCGACAUGGACUCGGACCUGCUCAUCCGACUGGCUGCCCACCCCAACAUCGUCGGCACAAAGUUCACAUGCGGCAACACAGGGAAGCUGACCCGGGUGGCGCUGGCAACAAACGCCAAGACGCCCUGGUCCGAGGGGUCCGGCUACAUGGCGUUUGGCGGCAUGUGUGACUUCACCGUGCAGACGCUCGCCAGCGGCGGCAGUGGCAUCAUUGCCGGCGGCGCCAACGUCAUGCCAAAGGUCUGCGUCAAGGUCUGGAACCUGUAUGCGGAGGGCAAGACGGAAGAGGCCAUUGCCCUGCAACGCACUCUCUCCAAGGGCGACUGGGUCCUGACGAAGUCCGCCAUUGCUGGCACCAAGCAGGCAAUUCAGAGCUACUUUGGCUAUGGCGGGUACCCGCGGCGGCCGCUAAAGCGAUUGGAUAAGGCCCGCGUGACGGCUAUUGAGGAGGGCGUGAGGGAGGUGAUGGAGUUGGAGAAGUCGUUGUAG